ACACAAAACACAGUCCACCUUCUCCUACAUUUCUCACCGUUCCUAAAACCCUAAUUCGCCAGAACCAGUCGCCAUGGCCGACCCCACCUCUCACGCAUCUCCCAUGGACGACGCGAAGAAGAGGAAGCGCAAGAGAAACAGAGCGAAGAAGCCGUCGGAAUCGGAAGUUGCAGAGCAACCGGAGCCGCAAAUUGAAGAAGAGGAAACUGGAGACGGCGAAGAACAAGCUAAGAAGAAGGGAUUGGAGAAGAAGAAGAGGAAGAAGAUGAAGAAAUUGAAGGGAGAGGAGGAGGAAGCAGCAGAGGCCGAAGAAGAAGAAGAAGCAGAGGAGGAGGAGGAGAAGAAGGAAGAGAAGAAAGAGAAGAAGGUGAGGAGUGGUGGAGGGACUGGGAUUAUGAGCACAGUGAGCUUUGAGAGUUUGAAUUUAUCUGAGAAAACCUUCUCGGCCAUUCAAGGAUUGGGCUUUCAGCACAUGACUCAGAUUCAAUCCAGAGCAAUCCCGCCGCUGUUGAUUGGAAAAGAUGUGCUUGGAGCUGCAAGGACAGGUUCCGGGAAGACUCUGGCGUUUUUAGUGCCUGCUAUUGAGUUGUUAUAUAACGCAGGCUUUUCGCCUCGCAAUGGAACUGGUGUUGUUGUCAUUUGCCCAACUAGGGAACUCGCAAUACAGUCCCAUGCUGUGGCUAAGGACCUUCUCAAGAAUCACUCACAGACUCUUGGCUUGGUUAUUGGUGGUUCCGCUAGAAGAGGAGAAGCAGAGCGUCUUGCAAAAGGAGUGAAUUUAUUGGUGGCAACUCCUGGUCGCCUUCUUGACCAUCUGCAGAACACGAAGGGAUUUGUAUAUAAGAACUUGAAGUGCCUUAUCAUUGAUGAAGCUGACAGGAUACUGGAAGCAAACUUUGAGGAAGAAAUGAAGCAAAUUAUUAACAUUCUGCCAAAGAAUAGGCAAACAGCUUUAUUUUCUGCAACCCAGACUAAGAAGGUUGAAGAUCUUGCUCGCUUGUCCUUCCAGACGACGCCUAUGUAUAUAGAUGUUGAUGAUGGGAGAACUAAGGUCACAAAUGAAGGGCUGCAACAAGGCUAUUGUCUUGUGCCAAGUGCCAAGAGAUUUAUUCUGCUGUAUUCUUUCCUCACAAAGAAUCUAUCAAAGAAAGUGAUGGUCUUCUUCUCUUCUUGUAACUCAGUGAAAUUCCACGCUGAUCUUCUUAGAUAUGUUAAUGUGGAUUGCUUUGAUAUCCAUGGAAAGCAAAAGCAGCAGAAGAGGACAACUACGUUUUUUGACUACUGCAAAGCAGAGAAAGGAAUCUUACUUUGUACUGAUGUUGCUGCUCGUGGCUUGGAUAUCCCUGCCGUGGACUGGAUUGUGCAGUUUGAUCCUCCAGAUGAACCCAAGGAAUAUAUUCACAGGGUUGGUCGAACAGCUCGUGGAGAAGGUGGAAAAGGAAAUGCACUACUUUUCCUUAUUCCUGAAGAGUUGAGAUUUCUCAAGUAUUUAAAGGAUGCAAAAGUCCCUGUUAAAGAGUAUGAAUUUAAUGAGAAGAAGUUAAAAAAUGUGCAAUCUCAGCUGGAGAAGUUGGUUGCCAACAACUACCAUCUGAACCGUGCAGCAAAAGAUGCAUAUAGGUCAUAUCUAUUAGCAUAUAAUUCACACUCUAUGAAGGACAUCUUUAAUGUUCACCGACUUGAUCUCCAGGCUGUUGCUUCUUCAUUUUGCUUUUCAAAUCCACCCAAGGUAAAUUUAAACUUAGACAGCAGUGCAUCAAAGUUUAGGAAGAACGUGCGCAAAGUGGAUGGAAAGCGACAUGGAAUCAAUCCUGGCAAUCCUUACGGAAGGCAAAAUGGUGGAGAUGAUACAAGACAAUUUGUGAGACAUUAGGAGAGCCUUGCCCUGCAGCCUUGCAGUAAUUCUGCACAAGUUUUGUUAUUUUUUCUUUUUGGCUCAUUGAAACAAAUCAAAAUGCUUCUUAGUUUCUCAGGGGUUUGGGGUUCUUUCACUGUAAUGAUGUAACAAUUAUCAUGAAUUGGAGACACUGUAAACCUUAAAAAAAUGAUAGUUACAAUCCAAUCAUGUAUUUUUGACUACUUACUGGCUAAAAACUAUGGCCAUAUUUUAUGAAUCUUAGAGUUGAAUAAGUA